GUUAGGUGUGCACACAUCUGGUAAUUCUCAGACUUGGGAAGCAUAAGAACUCAUCUUGACGAGCUGCAAACACCUGCAUCCUCCUGUGUUGGAGUCUGCGGAAGCUUUCUGUAUCUCAGCCUUGUUGAGAGUGGAUCUACUUGAGACCUCCAUCAGUUUUGUUUGGACCUGUUCCUGCUGCUCUGGGUAAACCGCUCCGAUCGCCGCUCUCCGUCUGGGCGAUGGUACAUCAGCCAACCGAGGCUGCAAUAUGAGUGUCAUUCCUUCCACGCCUCUGGACAGCCAGCUGACCACUUCCUGGGGGCUUAUGAACUCCUACGCCGAUGGUUCGCUGGCGAUGUCCGGCUACUCGAGCCGCCUCUGGCCUCACGACUCGCAGCCUCAGUUCUGGAGCAAGUACCAGGUGUGGGAGUGGCUGCAGCAGGUCAUGGACAUACACCAGAUCGACGCCUCCAGCAUCCCCUUCCAGAAUUUCGACAUGGACGGCCAGCAGCUCUGCAGCCUGAACUACCAGGACUUCAUCCACGCCGCCGGCAGCGCGGGACACAUCCUCUUCCACAGCAUCACCGAGCUCAAGUGGAGCGGGAAUUACCACAUGGACAUUGGACAACUGGAAUUCAAACCUGAGUUAGACUUCCCCUGUGUGUUUCCAGACGUCAGCGAUCCAUUAGGAGAUAUCUAUGAUAUGACCUCUGUUCACAACAUGGCACCCGACGCCUCACCCACACCAUCCAGCCCUGUGUUUUCUUCAGAUAUCAAACGGUCCUUCAGUCGUCCUCACCAGGUCAAAAAACACAAUCCGAGGGGGACCCACUUGUGGGAGUUCAUCAGGGAUAUUCUACUGAACCCAGAGCGAAACCCAGGGCUGAUCAAGUGGGAGGAUCGCACGGAGGGGGUUUUCCGCUUCCUCAAGUCAGAGGCGGUGGCUCAGUUGUGGGGAAAAAAGAAGAAUAACAGCAGCAUGACUUAUGAGAAACUAAGUCGUGCAAUGAGAUAUUACUACAAAAGAGAAAUCCUUGAACGGGUGGACGGACGCAGGCUGGUUUACAAGUUUGGCAGAAACGCAAGAGGAUGGAGAGAGUCUGAAAAAUGACCGUCUCCCUAACUUUUGUUUUCCUCCAUCUCUUAUGCAAAUGUAAAGUUAUAACUCCUCUCGUUGACUGUUUUUGAUAUGUUUGAACUGUUUACACGUGUUUUUUUUUUUCUCUCUGUCAGUCUUUUUCUUUUAAAUGAUUCCUUUGUUUUGACGCUGCACUGAGAUCCUCUUUAUGGUGCCUUAUUAGGAUUUAAAGCUCGCAUGUGUGUUUACAUGAAUUCUUGAUGAAGAACAGGAAAGGAGACUCUGCCAUAAUUUUAUUUUAUUUUUUCAGACGAUGACAUGUUUUCUUUCAGUCCCAAAGGAGCCCUUGAUGAUGUAGCAUCCAGAGCGUAUGUGAAAAGCAUAUAUAUAUAUGUUGACUGUUUUGACACUGAUGCUGUGAAUUGGCCCUCGGGAAGGAUGCUUGAUCACUAUAUAAUAAAAGAAAUGAAGUAUUUCAAUACUUACAGAAGUAACAAACCAUAAAUAUCUACAAGACUUCAAAUAUUCGCCUGUCGACAGUAGAAAGUAUGUAUAUGUUUGUUCAUUUUUAAUGCAAAUAAAGCUUGCGAUUGUUUUAUUUUCUA